CCUUUUACAUAUAUUUAACUCCAUCCUACACAAAGAAUCAUUUUCUCUCUUCCUGGUUUUGAUCCUUUCUACAAUCGAUCUUGUGCUGGGUAGCGCCUCUCUUGUCCUCCAGCUGCUGAGCAUACUACCACACUGAGGAGACAAAGUUAAUAGAUUAAGCACAAUGAAUGUUGAACAUGAAGUUAAGCUUCUUGUAGAAGAAAUACGUCGUCUUGGUUCAAAAGAUGCUGACGGAAAGCUGAGUGUAAAGUUUGGUGUGUUGUUUUCUGAUGACAAGUGUGCCAACCUCUUUGAAGCCUUGGUUGGCACACUGAAAGCUGCCAAGAAAAGGAAGAUUGUAACUUAUCAGGGGGAACUACUUCUCCAAGGUGUCCAUGACAAUGUUGACAUCAUACUGCUACAGGAUUAAUUCUCUGUGGACUUUGUGAACAUUACCUCUAUACUCUGAUAGCUUCUUUACAGCCUGAGAGAUUGAGAUCUCUAUAGGAGUAUUAUUUUUAGGUGAAACAUAAAGCAUUCUGUACUAUUUUUGUAAAGAAAUGGGAUACUGCAAUAGUUUUGUUGUUUUUCUUCUUAUUUUUGAACACUUUUGUUUGUAACCUAAAAGAAAUAACAUUCCAAUAAAAAUUUGAUCUAUAGAAAAAAGUAAAAUAUCUGUAUCCUUUCUAAAUAAAAAAAAAAUCCUUUUUAAAAA